UGCUCCGCCCCCUUUAACUGCAGUUUGCCUGCAACGUCACGGAGGACACCUCUGCACAGUAUUAAACAAACCUUUUUUCCUCCCAUCGCGAACGACGACCACGUACCUGCGUUUUUGCAAGUUUUUUCCCCCACGUGAUUUCCUAUAUGGACAUGAAUUAAUAACCCGAUCCUAACUGCGGGGCGACUGCUGCUUCCCUCUCUCAGCCCUAAAAAAAAAAAUGAAGCAGACGCUACGGACGUUUUUACUGUCAAACGCCCGGUGCUGGGACGCCGAGAGUGAGCGAUCGUACCAGGACCUGUUUGAGAGGCUGGACACCAAUAAGGAUGGGAAGGUGGACGUCGCCGAGUUACGAGCGGGCCUCAAGGCAAUGGGCAUUUUUCGCCUCGGUGCCGCACAGGAAAUCGUGUCGUCCGGUGACCAGAACAAAGACGGGUGUCUCGACUUCACCGAGUUCAGCAAAUAUCUGAAGGAGCACGAGAAGAAGCUGCGGCUGACGUUCAAGAGUCUGGACCGGAACAACGAUGGGCGCAUUGAUGCCUCGGAGAUCCAGCAGUCCCUUGCAGAACUGGGCAUGGACAUCAGCAGACAGAAUGCCCUGAAAAUAUUACAGAGUAUGGACAUUGAUGGGACCAUGAUGGUGGACUGGAAUGAGUGGAGGGAACACUUCCUGUUUUGCCCUGCUCACAACCUGGAAGAGAUCAUACGCUACUGGAAACACUCCUCGGUGCUGGACAUAGGCGACAGCCUCGCCAUCCCAGAUGAAUUCACGGAGGAGGAGAAAAGCUCCGGGGUCUGGUGGAAGCAGCUCGCCGCGGGUGCAGCGGCGGGGGCCGUCUCUCGCACUGGUACCGCCCCGCUGGACAGGAUGAAAGUCUUCAUGCAGGUUCACUCUUCUAAGACCAACCCCAUCAGCCUGGUCGGGGGCUUCAAGCGGAUGAUCAGAGAAGGAGGUCUAACUUCACUGUGGAGGGGAAACGGGAUCAACGUUUUAAAGAUUGCACCCGAGACCGCAAUCAAAUUCAUGGCAUAUGAACAAUUCAAGAAGUUGUUAUCCUCCGAGGGCAAGAAGAUCGAGACGCACAAAAGGUUCCUGGCCGGCUCCAUGGCCGGGGCCACAGCACAGACGGCCAUCUACCCGAUGGAGGUAUUAAAAACUAGACUGACCCUGAGGAAAACUGGCCAGUACUCAGGAAUGUUUGAUUGUGCCAAGACAAUCCUGAGAAAAGAGGGUCUGAAGGCUUUCUACAAAGGCUACGUUCCAAACUUGGUGGGCAUCAUUCCCUACGCCGGGAUUGACCUUGCUGUUUAUGAGACCCUGAAGAACACAUGGCUGUCACGCUACGCCAAAGACUCGGCAAACCCUGGAGUUCUGGUGUUGGUGGGCUGCGGGACCAUCUCUAGUACCUGUGGACAGCUCGCCAGCUAUCCACUCGCACUGGUGCGCACGAGGAUGCAGGCACGAGCAUCUCUGGACGCGUCGGACCAGCCCUCCAUGAGCAGUCUGAUGAAGAAGAUAGUAGCCAAAGAUGGCUUUUUUGGACUCUACCGGGGCAUCCUGCCAAACUUCAUGAAAGUCAUUCCUGCUGUCAGCAUUAGCUAUGUGGUUUACGAAUACAUGAAGACUGGCUUGGGAAUUUCCAAAUGAUGCUGCAACCAAAUGGAAAAGAACAUUUAUUCGUCAGACUUGAAAAUGCUUGAAAUGACUCCCAAGAAAACCGACAGACGAGCAAACAUACAGAGCAUGACUUCCACCUGCUGGCAAAAGGAGUUCAGGGGACGGAAAACUGUAUGUUUCGCUGUAAGGGUCGUCUGUCAGUACCUUGUCGUUCCUACUGAGCAUGCUUUAAUUUCUAUCCUAUUGUUUUACAUAAAGAUAGUGCUGUUAUAAAUACAUACAUAAUGCAUGAUGGGCUGUGACAUUUCCCCUACUGUUAUUCUGUUAAAACUGCGAUGAACCAAAGUGGAAGCUAAAGGGAUCACACUGGGGGAUUUUUUUGGUUACAAAAGAAAUGUUUUGUUAGGUGAAAUUUUGAUUUAUUUGUCAAUGGAAAUAUUCUUAUUUUAAGGUAAAACCAUCAGUUUAAAUGGGGAGGUCAACACCAUUUAGAGUUCAUUUAACACUCUUCUAAGUUGUAAACACCAAGAGGCAGCCAGCAGCUGUUAACUAAAUGCUCUGAAAAUCAAUAAGUUGUUAUCACUGGAGUACUGUGUGCAGGAAGACAAACGUGUCUUGUGCAAUGUCAAAAUCAAAAUUCUUGUGUUAUUUGAUAAUAAGUUAAAUGUGCCUUACAGCCACUUUAUGAGUGUGGAUGGAUGUGUUUUUUUGUUUUUUUACUACAAAUAUACUCUUGCACGCAUUUGUGUGUAUAUACAUGUUUUCAUUUAUGAUCACAUACUGGUUUUGGUGAUGGCUACUGUUAUUUAUGAUGAACAAUGACUGGUCAUUUGACUUGCAAGUGGGGUGUUUUUGUCUUGUUUUACUUCUAAUUUGAUCACAGCAUGAUUGUAACAACAUAAAAUCCACUUAGACUCCAGCAAGCGGAUACUGUUACCUUUAACGUUGUGUGACUGUUUUCUCCACACAGCCUAUUGUCUUUAUUAUAUAUUACAUUUAUCUGGAUUUUCUUUUUUUCUUUUUUUUUUUACAAAAACUGGUCAUGAUUCCAGUUUCAAGCCUGAACAUGUUGAAACUUCACUUGGAAGUUUAACAUGGUCUUUCCUGGGAGGCUUACUUGUGAGCAAAUGGCUUUGUGGUGUAAAGUUGCACUCUUCCGGGUGGGAAUGACUGAGCUGAGUUAACAGCUCUACCUAGUGGCUAAUAAAGACCAGGCACAUGCACUCAUCUGA